AAUUUCUUGCUUCUGAUAUUGACUUCCCUACUAAGAACACCGUUUCUGAGUAUGCUAAGGAAGAGAAAAAUUGGAAGAUUCUUGAAGAAGUUGUUCGAGUUGCCAACGAAGCUGGAAGAACACCUUCCGAAGUUGCGAUCAAUUGGACUCUUCAACAGCCAGGAAUCUCUUCAGUAGUAGCAGCUGCAAGAAGCUUGGAGUUUUUGGAGGAGAUCAUAGAAGCAUUGGAUUUUAAACUUACUCCAAAACAACUUUUUGAUCUCAAUAAUAUUUCCUUACCAAACGCAAUUCCAUUCAUACAGCCUUCUAAACCUAAUCCAUUAUACACUGCUUCCAAACCUUCUCCUGAAUAUAUAAUGUCUUUGAAGAAACUCAAAACAUCUAAAACGGACACCGAAUAA